CCCACUCCGAUCGCUGGUGCGGGUGUCCGCGCCCGUGUGCGGACCAGUGGCCUGGCCGGAGCCGUGCGGCUGCGGGGAGAGGACGCUGCUUGGCUGGGCGCUGGUGGAGGCCGUGCAGGGUGUCUCCUGUGAGCGGGACCCUGGUCCCUGUACUGGAGCGCUUGCAUUUUUUUACCAUCCUGCGGGCCCUUCGGGGAAAAGGCUUCCAAAUUGUUCCUCAAAAAUUUUCUUUGCCCUAACAAUCAUUUUCAGUGGUUUCCGCCUUGAGGAAAGUCUGUUCUGGCAGUGCACCUAUGAUUUAUGUUUUAGAAAUAGAUGUUAAACUUUGGUUUGAAUGAAAAAUGUCUCUCAAUCCACCUAUAUUUCUCAAAGAAAAGGAAGAAAAUAAUUCAAAGUUUGUAGAAAUACAGCACUCACAAACUACUUCCAUAGCUGCAGAAGAUCCUUUUCAAAACUUAUGCUUAGCAUCUCAAGAAGUUCUUCAAAAAGCUCAACAAAGUGGAAGAUCAAAAUGUCUCCAGUGUGGUGGUUCAAGAAUGUUCUAUUGCUAUACAUGUUAUGUCCCAGUUGAAAAUGUACCUAUUGAGCAGAUGCCACUUGUGAAGCUUCCACUGAAGAUUGACAUCAUUAAACAUCCAAAUGAAACAGAUGGCAAAAGUACUGCUAUACAUGCAAAACUAUUAGCACCUGAAUUUGUAAAUAUUUACACGUAUCCUUGUAUUCCAGAAUAUGAAGAAAAGAACCAUGAAGUUGCACUUGUUUUUCCUGGACCUAAGUCUGUCUCAAUAAAAGAUAUUUCUUUUCAUCUGCAAAAAAGGAUUCAAAAUAAUGUUAAAGUCAAAAAUGAUGACCCCGACAAGCCAUUUAUUAAACGCAAGAAAACUGAAGAACAGGAUUCGAAUGACAGCAAGUGCCAAGACACAACACUGAAAAAAAUUAUAUUUAUAGAUAGCACUUGGAACCAAACAAACAAAAUAUUCACUGAUGAGAGACUUCAAGGACUGUUACAAGUUGAGUUGAAAACAAGAAAAACUUGCUUUUGGCGCCAUCAGAAAGGAAAGCCAGAUACCUUCCUUUCCACAAUUGAAGCCAUUUACUAUUUUCUGGUAGACUACCACACUGAUAUAUUAAAAGAGAAAUACCAAGGACAAUAUGACAAUCUCUUAUUUUUCUACUCUUUUAUGUACCAAUUGAUAAAGAAUGCCAAAUGCUCUGGAGACAAGGAAACAAGAAAACUUAUCCAUUAGUUUUUAAGAAGCUACUAUGUCAUUUUAUUUUGCUAAAAAUCAAUAAACCUAAAUUGUGCUUUCUUUA